UAUCCAUCUCAAGAUGGAAGAAGAAGUACUUGAUAAAUCGACAUCUUUGUGCAAUACUCCAAAGGAUUCUGGAACAGCAGCUCCACAGGGGACUAGUUCAGGGAAACAGCCAAUGAGUGCAGCUCUGAGGGAGCGAUUAAGGAAAACAAGACGUUCAUUUAAUGCUAAUUUUACAGUGGCAAAGCGGAUCAAAAUUGACUCUGAAGAAAAAGACUGUGCUAAUGCUGACAAAGGGUGCCUGCCAAAGACAAGUACAGAUUGUUCCAGAUUACAAGAUGCUUCUGAAAACCUGGAAAGAAAUGGCACUGGACAUACGUGUUUCAAAAGUCCCUUACAAGAAAAUGAUCUCUGUGGAUCAGCAGAGAAUUCUCCUGUGCUACAGGCUGGUCUUAGUCAGCAACAGUCCCUGGAAGAAAAAGUAAGGCUGGUGAAACAAGUGCAAGAGAAGGAAGAACUACUUCGAAGGCUCAAACUGGUUAAGAGGUACCGAUCUAAGAACAACCUGUCUGAACUGCAGGCUUUGAUAGUGAAAUGGAGAAGCAGUACCCAGCUGAUGCUAUAUGAACUACAGUCAGCCUUUUCUGCAGAUGGCAAGAAAGUGAGUCUCACUCAGCUGAUGGAUACUUUUGGAUUAGAAGACCAGUUACUGCACUUCAGCAGAACAGAAGAAGAUUUUGUAGAUGUCUAAAUCUACAGGUGCAAAGCUUUCAAUUGCACACACGCAAAAGCAGGAAAGACUGAAUGAAUUCUGA